UGUGUGUGUCAGACAGGUGGAGGCAGCCGCGGCCUGAAAACGGCGCGUGCGCAAACCCGGGAGCGCGGUUGCGUUUUUCGGGCAGACAUCGGGCGCUGGAGGCCCAUCACGACUCCAGGUCCUGAGCAAGCAGAGCCGCAGUCGCCAUGCCCGCCUCGGGGCUUUUCCGUUUCCCGGCACCGCUGACCAGAAUAUGCCCCGCGCCCCGUGGGACCUGGUUUUGGGAGAGGCUCACGUGGUUUUCCCCAGGAGUGGCCGUCACCGUCCCUGCGGCAGGCAAGAAAGACCAGCCCGCUCUGCUUGCCCUGGAUGAGAACGAGCUGCAAGAGCACUUUGUGAAGGGACACGGGCCAGGGGGCCAAGCGACCAACAAGACCAACAACUGCGUGGUGCUGAAGCACCUGCCGUCGGGCAUCGUGGUGAAGUGCCACCAGACCAGGUCAGUGGAGCAGAACAGAAAGCUGGCUCGGAGAAUCCUGCAGGAGAAAGUGGACGUCUUUUACAGGGGUGAAGACAGUCUGGUGUUCCGAGAAAAGUGGGAGGCCGAGAAGAGGAAACAGGAAAGGAAGAGAAGAGCAAAGGCGACCCUGGAGAAAAAGAAAACGCUCCGAGAGCUGUGGGCGUCGAGCCAGGACACGCCCUAGGCACGCAGGGUCCACCCAGAGCCCAAGGCCCUCCCGGAAGGCGGCCAGCGAGUCCAGCCCAGCACCGUCCCAGCGCUCACAGGGAUCUUGGGAGAGACAUUCCCCAAGCCUUAUUUUAUUUAAGGUGGAUAGUUACCUAUCUUUUAUUAUUAUUUUUUUAAAUAUUUGUUUUACCGAAAGGAAGAUCUACAAAGAGGAGAGACAGAGA